AAAAACAUUGACGUGUGUACAAGCGCCUCGCGGUCACUGCCACUUGCCACACUGUCAGUCACAGUGGACUUCGUGGAUGUUUUAAAUACAGCGUCGCGCGAUGUGUGUCACAAACAAAUGAGAACUAUUUACAAUACGGACUCAUAAAUACAUGUUGUCACUUAAAGAUCGUAUUUUAUUUUAGCUGCAGCAUGAACAGCAACACAAAGUUUAUAUUCUGUGCCUUGGGCAUUUUCGUCUCCUAUUUUUACUUCGGCAUACUGCAGGAAAAGGUCACUAAGGGCAAAUAUCCUGUAGAAGUAGUGCAGGACGAUGGAACCAUCACUGAGGUGAAUGAAAAAUUCACCUUUUCAUUGGCUUUGGUGUUUGGACAAUGCUUUGUCAGCUAUCUGUUUGCAAAAGGUGCUGUUUUGAUCAAAGGAGACCCUGAAGAUAGAAGCAAUGGUCUCACAAAGUUGUAUGGAGCUACUUCUUUGACUUAUUUAUUAGGCAUGGUCUGUUCGAAUAUGGCAUUACAAUGGGUACCAUAUCCAACACAAGUCAUAGGAAAAUCUGCCAAACCCAUUCCAGUUAUGUUAUUAGGUGUUCUCAUUGGCAAGAAAUCCUAUACACUGAAGAAAUACUUUUUUGUUCUUCUUGUUGUGAUUGGAGUAGUGUUAUUUAUGUACAAAGACCAAGCAAAUAUAAAAUCAAAUGAAUCUUCAUUUGGGUUCGGAGAGUUGUUACUGAUCAUGUCACUUACAAUGGAUGGCCUUACAGGAGGCAUGCAGGAAGUGAUGAGAGCUAAACCAGCAAAACCCACUGGUGAACAAAUGAUGCUGAAUAUGAACUUUUGGUCUUGUAUUUACGUGGUACUUGCACUAGUGUUCACAGGUGAUGGUCUCUCAUUUGUUGCUUUUGCAAAAAGGCAUCCUGUAGUGUUAUUCAACAUUGGUAUGUUGUCUAUAGCUGGUGCUGUUGGACAACAUUUUAUUUACAUUAUGGUUGCUCAAUUUGGACCUCUGCCUGUAGCUAUUGUAACCACCACUAGAAAAUUUGUAACAGUGUUAGCGUCGGUGGUCUUCUUUGGCAACACAUUGAUCACUAGACAAUGGGUAGCUGCAAUGAUUGUAUUUGGCUCCUUGUUUUUGGAUGCAUAUUAUUCAAAAUCUGGUGCAAGACCUGACAAAGAGAUAAAGAAGUGAAGUUCCGGUGCAAUCAACUCUUCCAUGUGGAAAUCUUUUCACUUAAUGGCACAAAUCGAUCCUAUAAUCUAUUUGAUUUUAAAUAUUUUUAUAGGCACUGAACUGUAUAAUUUGAUUGUACAAAAAUGUACAAAUACAAAUUCAUUAAGAUGGUAAAUAA